AUGUCAGCGCACGUCAUUUUGGCCACUUUUGAGCUGGGACCCUCCCCCACUGACCGCAACACGAGUCGGGGCCCGGGAGGGAUGCUGUUGAGCACGGCGCUUGCUCGCGUGCAUAAUCCCCCCCGGGGCCUAGGCACUGGUGGCGGCAGAGGCAGUAGGCAAGAACGCUUUGGUGAGAAAAGGAGGAGGUGGGGCGGCGGAGGCUUGCAGACUUCAGAAGGCCGGGAAGUGGGAGUCUCCGGCUUUUAA